GUAAAUCAUUAGCCGUAGUCGGCUCGGCCUGUUCUAUGAUUGGAGCGCGCCAAUUACAGUCAUUUUUGAUUGGCUGGCGGGUAAGCGCGGCAAUUUUCAGCGAGCGGCUGAACUUCCCAGUAGUUUCCUACAUCAGUGACCGGAGAAUGGCAGGGCGGCGCGGGGCCUUAAUUGUCUUAGAAGGCGCAGACAGGGCUGGCAAGAGCACCCAGGCCCGCAGACUGGUGGAGGAGCUGAGGAACCAAGGGUAUCAGGCCGAGGGCAUGCGCUUUCCAGAAAGGACAACAGAAAUCGGUCGUCUUGUUGGCUCCUACCUUGAGAAAAAAAGUAACAUUGAAGAUCAUACUGUUCACCUACUGUUCUCUGCCAACCGCUGGGAGCAUGUUCCUCUUAUAAAAGAGAAGCUGAAAAGCGGAGUCACUCUUGUGGUGGAUAGAUAUGCUUUUUCUGGUGUUGCAUUCACAAGUUCAAAAGAGAAUUUUUCUUUGCACUGGUGUAAGCAGCCUGACGUUGGACUUCCAAAGCCAGACCUUGUCGUAUUUUUAAACAUAACUCCCGAGAAGGCUUCUAAACGUGGAGAAUUUGGAACUGAACGUUAUGAGACAAGCGACUUCCAGAAGAAGGUGCAAAAGCGCUAUGCAGAACUUAUGGAUGACAAAUCUCUUAACUGGAAGGUGGUUGAUGCAGCACAGAGUAUGGACGAUGUUCACAAUGCUAUAAAACAACUGAGUGAAGCAAUCAUACAGGAAGCCAGGGAUCAACCUAUUGGGAAGCUGUGGGUUGAGGACUGACCUGGAUGGGAUCUGCUGGGAGUGUGAUUGCUCAGACACAAGACUUGGGCACUUUAGUUGUCAAGCUGGUGAAUGUUCUGGAAUAUGACUGCAUUUUAUUGAGCACAAUAUCCAUGUGUGAAAUCUUCACUGCCUUCUGUAAAUUGAUAUUGCUUGGUUUUACCCAUGCUGACAUUGAUUUUCAGCCUAGAAUAUUUAUGUGCAAGCAACAUGUUCCUUCCAGGUAAGAAUGUUUGUGUAAUACACUGUAGACUGAGGAUGCAUGGGUAAAUAUUCUAUAAU